AGAGGGAAGCCGAGUCCACCUCUCAGGACAUAACAGGAGCUCUCUCAGCUGACGAUGCCCGGGUGGACUGGGUAAAAUCAGAUCCAACGCCCACCGGCGAGUCUUAAACAACACGAAAGACCGUCAACAACGCAAGUUGGAAAUGCUUAUGUGCGAGAAACUGGUCUCUGUUUCACCAACAAGAACAACCUACAGAGAAAGGUUUUUCGUCCUGUCACGAGCGUGGGACGAAGAAAAAUUUUGAGUCCCCAUGAGGAAUCGAACCUCAGACCUUUCCGCCCUCCGAUGCUCUACUACUGAACCACAGAGACUUAACGGUGAGCGAGGUCUAUUACGAAGUACAUAUGACAUGUGUCCUGCAUACGCGUCUUAGCAAUGCUGAGGUGUCCCUGUUAAAGAAAGGAUUGAAUUUUGUCGUGACUCCUGCGAACAUCCUAGCUAUCGAGAUUAUCGAUAAUGUUGAAUCAGCAGUAAGACCACCCAAUGUGGAACAAGCAGAGAACGUUAGAAGAGCCGUCAACGAUAUCCUUACAGCCUUAAAGAAGAAAACUCGAUCAUGAUCUUUGGAUGAGGGUCGUGCUAGCGUAGGCCUCGAUACUGACACAUACAAUGUCACAUACUAAGAUGUCAGGGCUGAUCGGGACCGGACCAUACACGCUCCUUAGGGAAAGAUCCGACAAACCGUCUGACCGGCAAGCUGUCUGAGAAGCUGCUCUCCUUAAUGAGGAACGGACACAUAUCAGAGGCUGUUUACCUCAAGAUCAGACCGCGACACAAACAACCGCCCAGGAUCUAUGGUUUACCUAAGAUCCACGAGGCUAACGUACCGUCGAGGCCUAUUGUGUCCUACGUAAACACCUUUGCGUAUGACUCGUCUGCUUUCUUACCUGACUUUCUAUUUCCCCUAGCAGGAAAUUCAGAUUUCACGGUGACCAACUCAGCUCACUUCUCUUCCACCAUCAGCAGGGAGAAGAUUCAGAACCACAAGAUCGUAGUGUCCUUCGACGUCUUAUUAUCGAGGGCGCUGUAGAAGCCGCACGACGAAAGUUCGAGUACGAGCCAAGCCUUGCAGACCGCACGACGCUAACACCUGCUCAGAUUGUGGACCUCCUAGACUUCGUAUUGUGAUCCUCAUACUUCCAGUAUAACGGUUCGAUCUACGAACAGCGAGAGGGUGCAGCCAUGGAGAGCCUGGUUUCCGCGGUUAUUGCUAACCUCUACAUGGAGGUAUUUGAAGAAAAAGAGACAUAAUCCACAACAUAGAAACCCAAAAUCUGGAAGCGCUACGUUGAUGACACCUUCGCAAUCUUGGAUCGCAGUUAUGUCCAAUGUUUCCUACGGCAUCUCAAAAGUCAGCAACCCACCAUCUGAUUCACCAUGAAUACUGAGAAAGACAACGAGAUCGCCUUUCUCGAAACGUCAGUUACGAGGGAACCAGACAAACGUUAGACCACCAGUGUCUACAGAGAACCAACUCACAUUGAUCAGUACUUAGUGUAUGAUUCAAACCACCCUCAAUCAGUAAAGCGCGGUAUUAUUAAGUGUUUGUAUGACUGGGCGAAACGUCACGUGACAAAAUCAUCAGUCAUCUCCGAGGAAAAGAAACAUUUGUCAUCAGUUCUUGUUUCUAACGGUUAUCCCUCCUCCUUUGUACUGUCGGAAACAGGAUAACUGGUAUUGAUUGAAGCUGAGUUAAUGUGAUGAUUGUGGAAUAUCUGGCAGGAAAUCGAGCGUACGUUCUUUCUGCUCUAAUGAAUGUGUUUGUUUAUCUUUUGUCUGAAAGAUCUUUCUAGCCAAUCAGCUUACGUUUGAUCAAGGUGUGUCCAUACAAUAAAGAAGCAGUUGAUUGUGGUUUUUUAGUCAGUCUGAGAUAAUAGUUGCGCAUGCGAGAGGAUCUAAAAGAAGAUAAUUAAAAAUCUAGAUGAUAAAAGCAACAGUGUGGGUUCCUUACUUAGUCCCCACAGUACAGAAGGUUACAGAAACAAGAAACUGCUCCCUAAGCAGAGAGUAUGUGAUGCAGUUCAAGUCCACAGCGGUUUUGCACUAUGUAGAAGGUGUAUCAGAGCUUCUUCGCCGUUGCCUACAACAACAAGGCAUCGGCGCGGACUUCAGGUCCGACACUCAGAUCGCAUGCAGCGAAAUCUACAUCGGUGAAACGGGUAGACCUAUGCAAGAGAGGAUGAAAGAACACGAGAGAGAUGAGGUUCCUCCACAUAAAGGGUUGCGCAAAAAGAGUAUAUAUAUGCAAAACAAAAUGUCUGUGCUUGACAGCACUCUUUCAAUUGCUCCUCCACGGGAGUGAUCAAGUACAAAGAAAACUUUGACCCCCAGGCUUCAUGGAGUCUGUAAAUCUGACUUUUUACAAAAGAUACUUAUCAAGCUUGCUUUUUUGAAAGGGAAAUUUAUUUGAGCACAAAGCGCUGUUUUUGAUUGACAUUGGCAUUGUGUUAAUCUAGAUCGUAACCACUGGUUAUCCAUAAGGUAACGAGUUGGUUCUAGCACUAACCUUCAUCUACUUUAAAUGCUUUUAUCCGAUUUUUUUAAUUGAGCUUAUUUUGUUUAUUAUCAUUUUCAUUUUAACAUGUAAGCAACCACGGUAACUUACAGUAUGUGUGCACUUUAUUCUAGUAGAGUUUAUGAUUACAGUCAAAGACUGUAGUCUCCUUAAUGGCCAUUUUUAAUGCUAACUGCAAUCAUAUAAUCCUAAAAAUACUACAAUGUUAAAUUAAUGAAAUACUACAAUGUUAAAUUAAUGAAAUAGUUGAAAUCUCUUUUAUCACUUCCGAAGCAGUAUGGAGUAAAUUUUCUCAAGAUAAAGUCAAAGUAAUUUGUUUUAAUUUCGGCACAUUAAUCAUAAUCAUAAACGGUGUUCCACAGUUUAACAGUUUUAUCAAAGAGACUUUCGCUUCAUGUUAUUGGUACGUGGAAUAGGAAGACAAUAGGAUAGGUUAGACCUAGUAUUAUAUGGCUUAUGGUAAUCGGAGGUUGAAAAAUUGUUAGUCAGGUAAUUCAGCUCAUGUCCAUCCAAGAAGUCGCAUUGUACAUGAGUAUGACAGUUCACGAACUGUCUGCUAGAGGAAUACAUAAACAUUAACAGAAAGGAAAUGGAUAGAAUACUGAUCCUAUCUUUCGCAUGUUUUCCAGAAGUUUAGUCUACAAUGUGAAGGCUUCCCAAAGCUUAGUAACAUCAAGAAGAUGUUAAACUUUUCCUUUCUACGAGAGUAUUGGCCAAACUUGAACACACGUUAGCUUGUGAUAGUAUAGAGGAAAGAUUGAUUAAACCUUUGUUUGCUUAUUAUGAUAAAGAUAUAUCAUACCUCCGUUGGAUACAUUGAUCAUCGAUCCACAAGAUCGAUUCUAGACUUCGAACGUCUUGAACCUUCGUGUCAGCGUUCGCUUUCAAUUCCGGCAAGCGGAAAGAUGAAGAGAAAACUGCGUAUUUACGGCGAGAUCUUGAGAAGGGCGGUAAUGUUCAUGAAGAUACUACUUCCCGUCGCUCUGCAAAGAAACUGAAUCAGCAAUGGAACAACGCUGUACCCUCCACUGUUUAUUUUACACCUAAGAUAGAACAUAGUGGAACAAUCUAACCUUGAUGCAAGAAGAAAACGCAGCAGCUAUGUUGUAUUUUUAACUUGACAAAGAAAAAAUAACUGACCAAUCAGAGGCGCUACUUAACAAAAGCGGUGGUUCAAAACAAAAACAAACGACCGCGUUGCAUCAAGGUUGGAAAUGGGCCUAUAACGUCACGGAACUCUUCCCUUCAACAACUAGACCCUGUGAGCAGGGUAACUGAGAUACCUGGAUGGUAGUGGAUCCUUGGAAUCAAGUGUAAUGAUACUACAGGUGUCGGACUAGUAAACUGAAAUAGUGAGCUCAAGUCUGGCCAGGGGCAUACGUCUAUCUCAAAACAUAGGCAUGCUAUGCUUGCAAGAGUUAUUUUUUGUAGGGUGGGUGGAUUACUUGAAACAUUGUAAGUGAUGUCUACAUUCUUACAAGAGGAAAGAAGAGUAUUAACGCGGAAAAGAACAAAAAUGUCGAAUUAACACACACACAGGUAUUUCGUGGUAGAUUGUGUGUGUUGUGCGAAUAAAUGUAACCAAAAAUAAACUGUAUUGGUGCCGUGGAUACCUGUUAGUACAAAAUGCAGACAGCAGACUGCAGAGUGGGUACAAAAUGUAGA